GCUUUGCGACUGGCGCAUCCAAACCAAUCCCCCAGGCUUUGGCCAACCGCCAAUUCCUCACGCAUCACCACCAGCCAAAAAUGGCAGACUCAAAACCUCAAUUCGUCCGCCUAACAAGCCACCGCGCCUUCACCCAGCGCCUCGUCCUCGCCACCCUGUCUGGCAAACCCAUCCACAUCACCAAAAUCCGAUCCACCUCCCCAACCAACCCCGGCCUCGCCCCCCACGAAGUCUCCUUCCUCCGCCUCCUUGAAGCCGUCACCAACGGCUCCGUAAUCGAUGUUUCCUACAGCGGCACAACCCUCGCCUACCAACCCGGCCUCAUCACCGGCAGCGUUCCCGGCGCGGGCACAUUCCUCUCAAACGACCUAAUAGAACACACGAUCCCCGCCAACAACACCCGUGGCAUCACUUACUUCCUCCUCCCGCUCGCCUUACUAGCCCCCUUCUCAAAAGCCCAUAUGAAUGUCCGUUUCUCUGGGCCGGGUGUCAUCACUUCGUCUACCAACGCCCCAGGGGAUCUCUCCAUCGAUACCUUCCGAACCGCCAUCCUGCCAUUGUACGGUCUAUUCGGCAUCCCCCCCGCGCGUAUCGAGCUCCGAGUCCUCUCCCGUUCCUGCCCAGGGCCAGGAGGGAAGGGAGGCGGCGGUGUAGUCGAGCUUCGCUUCGCCAGCCAAGUCCGUCUUCCCAAAACCCUUCACCUGAAUCGCAAACCGGGAAGGAUCAGGAGGAUCAGAGGAGUGGCGUACUGCACGGGUGUGUCGGCGUCGCACAACAAUCGCAUGAUCACUUCUGCUAGGGGAGUUCUCAACCAGCUGGUGAGCGAUGUUCACGUGGCGGCGCAGUAUGAUCCUGCGCCGUUGGUGCAGGAGAAGGGGAGCACGAUGAAGAAGAAGAUUGGUAUUGGUUUUGGCUUGUCCCUCGUGGCGGAAUCGAGCGCGGAGGGGGUUAUCUAUGCGGCGGACGUGGUUGCCCCUCCGGAGGGUGGUGUUGUACCCGAGGAUGUCGGCACGAGAUGCGCGUAUCAACUGCUUGAGGUGAUCGCGCAGGGAGGGUGUGUCAGUGCUGCUGCUGCGCCGACGGUAUUGACGCUGAUGGCUAUGGGGUCAGAGGACAUGGGCAGAGUGAGAUUAGGGAGGGAUGUACUUGGAAGGGAAGAGACAAUCGGCCUGGCAAGAGAUCUGAAAGCGUUUGGUGCGGCCAGCUGGGGCAUAAGAGAUGCUGAUAAAGACGAAGACGAAGCCACAGGGGAACUGAUCGUUUCCGUCAAGGGUGUGGGCAAUAUCGGCAGGAAGGUAGCGUGA